AUGUCUGGGAAUCCUAUUGUGAUCUCCCGUUGGUUUCAGUUUCAAGGAGUUCGAAGGCGGAGAUCAAGAUUCAUAGACUCUCGACUGUUGUCCCUGGCGCUUUCAUCGGUUUGGCUGCGUGCUUUUGUCUUUCGGAGGUGGCGUCUGCAAGCGCUCUGCUUUGGUUUGCUUGCUGUCCGGCGGUCUUUGGGUCAUCGGAUCUCCCUUCAUCAGCCUCUGCAUGUGCGCCCGAUGGGUGCUAUUUUGGGUGGUAGGUGGCGGCUGCUGCUCUUGGGGAUUUUGGUUGGGGUGCUAGGGUUUCAGGCCAUCUAUUGGGCUUAG